AUGGAUCCGGUCAGGAGACUGAAUAACAACGCCUUGACCGGGCCCACAAUGCAGGCCGCUGGAGUUGGGCCUAGGCGUGUACCAGUUGCACCGACUCGUGUAGCAGCCGCUGCAGUACUAGUCCCUCGACCUCUUGUACCCACCAAUGGACCCCAGCGAGUACAGAAGCAGAAAUGUGAAAUAAAGGCAGAUCUGCGCAAACCUCCAUCGCAUCAACCUUCCUUGCAAGCUGUGGUGGCCAAGGAAAACAUGAAGUCUAAGCCAGCAGUCUCCGAGAUUAAUGUGGCUCAGGUGUCAAGCAAAUCACUGGACCUGCCGAGUCAAAAUGCAGCGGAUUAUAUAUCUGAAGAUAACAAAACCUCUGAAAAGAAGCGAUGGACAUUGGACAACUUUGACAUUGGCCGUCCAUUAGGAAAAGGAAAAUUUGGCAAUGUUUACUUGGCCCGUGAGCGCCAGUCCAAGUUCAUCCUUGCCUUAAAAGUGCUUUUUAAAUGCCAGAUUGAAAAAGCUGGUGUAGAGCACCAGUUGCGCAGGGAGGUGGAAAUACAAGCCCAUCUAAGGCAUCCCAACAUCCUGAGGCUUUACGGUUAUUUUCAUGAUACUGCCCGUGUGUACCUCAUUUUGGAAUAUGCUCCCAAGGGUGAACUGUACAGUGAACUGCAAAAAUGUGUCCGUUUUGAUGAUCAGAGAAGUGCUACGUAUAUAACUGAGCUGUCCGAUGCACUGCUCUACUGUCACUCCAGAGGAGUAAUUCACAGGGACAUCAAGCCUGAGAAUCUUCUCCUUGAUGGCACUGGUCAGCUAAAGAUUGCAGAUUUUGGGUGGUCAGUUCAUGCUCCUUCAUCCAGGAGGACAACACUUUGUGGGACCCUGGACUACUUACCCCCUGAAAUGAUUGAAGGGCGAAUGCAUGAUGAAAAGGUUGACCUUUGGAGCUUGGGUGUCCUGUGCUACGAGUUUCUAGUUGGAAAGCCGCCUUUUGAAACUACUACACAUGAUGAGACCUACCGGAAAAUUUCUAAAGUGGAGUUCACCUUUCCUCCUUUUAUGAGUGAGGGAAGCAGGGAUUUAAUUUCUAAGCUGCUGAAACAUAACCCAAAGGAGAGACUACCCCUUACUCAGGUGCUUGUGCAUCCCUGGAUUUUAGCAAACUCCACUAAACAACCAACCUUCAUGCAUGAGAAGGAUUCUGGCCAGCCUGUGCCAGAAUUGAGUGCCAAGCAGUGAUCUGUUGGUAUAGAUCGGAUUUGGCUGCUGGAUGAGAGUAUACUUGAAGUGGGACAUGCCUAGGUGCAUGUGUGGUCUUGGGCAAUGGCAUGUCUUCAUAGACCACUAGAAGAAGCAGUUGCUGCUCUGGCUUCUGACUGAGCCUGGAAGCCUAAACAUUGGGAUGUCUCAUCAAGACACUACUGUGCAAUAGCUGGUUUCUGUUCAUGAAUGGCUGAGGGUUGGUUAAGACUCUGUAAAUAGCUCUUGAUGGUUUUAUUUUGUAUAUAUUAAUUGUAUUUAUCAAUAAAGAAUAAAUGAUGUUCUUUUGCACAGUGGA